CAUGUGGAGACCCCUUGAAGGUUCUUCCCAAAGGCAUCCAAGGAAGACCUUUUCUCUCCAUGGCCUCCAGUUUUCUUUGGAUUUCCCCUGGAUGGAGGAAAAAGAAGGAAAGGGGGAAGUGGGCAAAGGUGAAGGGAGUCGGCAGGAAGGAGGCUUUGUGGCUGGAGCUGUGCCUGUCUUUGCAUCUCAUCAUGGGCUCAACAGAGGGAAUGCAAGAAUGCCUAAUGGAACUUAGUUCAGCAUGGACUCAAUUUGUGAACGUGGUUGUGAAUUAGCCAGUUGAGAAGGCAGGUCCUUCUUAGUUUGGAAGAUUCAUUUGGGAAAUGUGGCCGGAGUGACCCUUUGAGAUGCCGAGGAAGCAGAGUUGGGGGUCCCUGUGGCAGGGGAGAUAAUGACACAACCAAUAAAGAAAUCCUUUUUCCUUUGAGCAUUUAGCACAAUACUGGUAAUUCACAGAAAUCCAUGAUCCAGAAUAGGUUACACCCUUGAAUGUUGGGAGGAAUUCUGCCUGCCUUGUGUUCCUUUAACCAUGUUUGGAUUUGACCCAAUGAAAUUAGUGUGGUCCUCCAAUAUGGGAAAAGGGUUCAGUUCCCUCCUUCUGUGUUUCCUCCCUUCCUUCCACCUUUCCUUUCUUCUUUCCCUUUUUGCUUUGUUACCUUGAGCCAGAGGUACGCGACUUCAUGUCUAACCUUUUGCUUCUUCUUUCUUGACCAGGACAUGAGAGUUCUCUGGAGUCACCCCUGCCGUGAUGGGAAAUGAACCAGCUUCUAGUAGAUAUUGAGGCAUUUGGAAACCAAAGUGCAGUAAGAAAACCAGUCCCCUAGGAAAAAGGAUUCCUCUCAAGUGGCUGAUCCUGCAGAAUUCCUACAUUCACUUUGGAUUAUAGAGUAGAACCAUAGAGUCGGAAGAGACUGCAUGAGGCACCCAGUCCAGGCCUCUGCCGUGCAGGAAACGUGCAAAGUACCCCUGACAGAUGAGCAUCUGACCUCUGUUUAAAAGAUUCCAGAGGAGCCUCCACUGCAUUUUGAGGCAGAGAGUUCCACUGCUGAACAGCUCUAACAGUCAGGAAGUUCUUAAUGUUCAGGAAGAAUCCACUUUCCUGUAAUUUGAACCCACUGCUGUGAGUAAUCAGAAAGGGAAAAACAAGAAUCAAGUGUCCUUUUUAGAAUUAAAUAUACAUAACACUGCUGACAUGGAGAAGAAAGCAUAUAAAUGUAUCGAAAGUGGAAAGAGCUUUAGUCAGCAUGGAAAGCUGAAGGCACAUCAAAGGACUCACACUGGGGAGAAACCCUAUAACUGCCUGGAGUGUGGACAGAGCUUCACUCAGAAGGGAAGCUUACAUACACAUCAAAGGACUCACACUGGGGAGAAACCCUAUAACUGCCUGGAAUGUGGACAGAGCUUCACUCAGAGUUCAGCUCUACGUUCACAUCAAAGGACUCACACUGGGGAGAAACCCUAUAACUGCCUGGAGUGUGGACAGAGCUUCACUCAGAAGGGAAAUUUACAUACACAUCAAAGGACUCACACUGGGGAGAAACCCUAUAAAUGCCUGGAGUGUGGACAGAGCUUCACUCAGAGUUCAGCUCUACGUUCACAUCAAAGGACUCACACUGGGGAGAAACCCUAUAACUGCCUGGAGUGUGGACAGAGCUUCACUCAGAAGGGACACUUACAUACACAUCAAAGAACUCACACUGGGGAGAAACCCUAUAAAUGCCUGGAUUGUGGACAGAGCUUCACUGAGAAUGGACACUUACAAAGACAUCAAAGGACUCACACUGGGGAGAAACCCUAUAACUGCCUGGAGUGUGGACAGAGCUUCACUCAGAAGGGAAGCUUACAUAGACAUCAAAGGACUCACACUGGAGAGAAGCCCUAUAAAUGCCUGGAGUGUGGACAGAGUUUCUCUCAUAAUUCACAUCUACAUAGACAUCAAAGGACCCACACUGGGGAGAAACCCUAUAACUGCCUGGAGUGUGGACAGAGCUUCUCUCAGAAGGGAACCUUACAUUCACAUCAAAGGACUCACACUGGGGAGAAACCCUAUAAAUGCCUGGAGUGUGGACAGAGCUUUGCUCGUAGUUCAGGACUACGUUCACAUCAAAGGACCCACACUGGGGAGAAACCCUAUAAAUGCCUGGAGUGUGGACAGAGCUUUGCUCAUAGUUCAGGCCUACGUUCCCAUCAAAGGACUCACACUGGGGAGAAAACCUAUAACUGCCUGGAGUGUGGACAGAGCUUCACUCAGAAGGGAAGCUUGCAUAAACAUCAAAGGACUCACACUGGGGAGAAACCCUAUAACUGCCUGGAGUGUGGACAGAGCUUCACUCAUAAUUCACAUCUACAUAGACAUCAAAGGACCCACACUGGGGAGAAACCCUAUAACUGCCUGGAGUGUGGACAGAGCUUCACUCAGAAGGGAAGCUUACAUAGACAUCAAAGGACCCACACUGGGGAGAAACCCCAUAACUGCCUGGAGUGUGGACAGAGCUUCACUCAGAGUUCAGGACUACGUUCACAUCAAAGGACUCACACUGGGGAGAAACCCUAUAAAUGCCUGGAGUGUGGACAGAGCUUCACUCAGAGUUCAGGACUACGUUCACAUCAAAGGACUCACACUGGGGAGAAACCCUAUAAAUGCCUGGAGUGUGGACAGAGCUUCACUCAUAGUUCAGGCCUACGUUCACAUCAAUGGACUCACACUGGGGAGAAGCCCUAAAAAUGCCUGGAGUGUGGACAGAGCUUUGCUCAUAGUUCAGAACUACGUUGACAUCAAAGGACCCACACUGGGGAGAAACCCUAUAACUGCCUGGAGUGUGGACAGAGCUUUGCUCGAAGUUCAGCACUACGUUCCCAUCAAAGGACUCACGCUGGGCAGAAACCAUAGAAAUGCAUGGAGUGUGGACAGAGCUUUUCAUGGAAUAGACAUCAAUUUGAGUUUAGCAUAUUCUAAUAAUUGUAUAUUUAUUUCCUUUCUUAGUUUAAUAAAAUUAUUAGUAUCUAAAUCUUCUAAUUCUCUAUAACAUUUAUUCCCAGAUCCUUAAUUGUCUUUAAUUUUAAUUAUCCCCUCCUGUUUUAUUUUUUAAAUCUCUUCUUAGUGAUAAUUAAAUAACUACACUUCUGACUUGUUCCAGUUAAUUUGCAAAACUUUUAAUUUUCCCAAAUUCUUCUAGGUAAUUUUCAUUUUUUCCCCAUUGUUGUAUUGGGUUUUCCACUGAUAAAUGGGUAUCUUCUGCAAAUAAAUUAAUUUUAUUUGUUUUAAUACUCUUAGUUCCAUAACUAAUUUAUCUGUUUCCUGGAUCUUUAUUUUCCAAUAUUUCUCAAUAUAUUCCUCUAUUUUACUUUUGGAGUUUUCUUUUGCCAAGUAUAGUUCUUGAUAUGAUCUUGGAAAAGUUAAUAUUUUGUCUUCCAUCCUUGUAUGAUUCUUACCUUCCUUGUCUUUAAUGGAUGUUAUUAAUUUUUUCCUUUCUAAUGUGUGCUGCCUUGGCUAAUAAUUUGGAGUUUCUAUUACUGUAUUCAAAGUAUUCUUGUUGUGAAUGCGCCUUCAGAGACUGUGAAUGAUAGUGGUGGGAUUAGGAGAGGAAGGAAAAGCCCUCGCGAGGAGGGCUCAUUGGAGGAUUUGUUUAGGAAAAGGGUCAGGGAGACUGAUGGGGAGUCUUCUGAGCAGGAUUUAUGUGGGGAUCCUGAGGUGGAAAUGGAUGCUGGGGCCAAUUCCCAGAGCUGAGUCUGCAAGCUCUGGAAAUUGGAGCCAUAACAAAGCGCGCUCCUGGAACACCUGGCAGCACAGCCUGGGAACUGGUGGAGUGAAAAUGUAAACAAGUAUAAUGAGUAGUUUGUGUGAAAAUGGUAGAAAUGUGAUACAGGGGGUGGGGUUUUGGUGAUGAUAUUUACGUGUGAUGUGACGUAGUAGCAAAGGUAAUAAAAGUGGUUGUAUGUAAACAUUAUGUCAUUCUCGACUUUUUCCAAGUCGUGUGUUCUUCAAUAAAGAUUGGUUUUGAGA